AUGUCAAAAGGUGAUUCCAUUUGGCUGGGAACUCCAGUGAAGAGCGUGUCUGAGGAUUUCUUAUCCCCGUACACUUCACGAAUUGGCGGAACCGCCGUUCUCUUUCGAGAGGUGUCAGAUUCCAGAGUGUUUAAGUGUGUAAAGUGUAGGAGCAGUCGUUCGAUUUCCUUAUUGGCUCAGAUUUACGCCCCUUUAGAGGUUUACGACAGAGUGCUCUACGUAUUCGUCUGCUCUGCAUGUAGUAGAGAAGAGUGUAGCUUCUGUUUCGCAAUUCGAUCUCAAAACCUAAAUCUAUCUUACGUGACGGCACCCCAAAAUGCUGAACGUGGUGACAGUGAAGAUAAAGGUGCUCUUUUCGAAGAAAACGCUGAUUGGGGGGAUGGUAGUGAUGGUGAAUGGGACGACAAUGACCACCACCACAAGAACAAUAACGGAAAUAAUAAGGAUGACGUCACCGAGAAUAGUGUGAGUGAGAGCACGGCAGCUAAUGCCAUGGGUGUGGGUAAAGGAAGAGACAUCGGUGCUACCGGCACGACAGAUGUGCCUUCAGUGCUUGCUCCUCAUGGAUCGAAGCCGCCGAUUGAAGGGACUUGCUACCCACGCUAUGGCCUCGAAAUCUUUCUUGAGCCUCUAAAGCUGAAGACCAAAGCAGUUGCGGUUAAGGAGCAAUUACAUGAAGCUCAACAAAAGUACGGUGAAGAUGUUGUGGAGAUGGCGAUUGUGGAGGAUGAUGAUGAGCCGUUGCAUGAAAAACGGCUGCGAAAGUACGUGGAACGAAUCAGUAGGGUUCCGUCUCAGUGUAUCCGCUGGGGCCCAAAUCAGGAGCCAUUGCGAUCUUCUGUCACUCCAAUUGUUGUACCAGAUUGUCCCCAUUGUGGAAAAGAGCGUCGAUAUGAGCUCCAACUUACAUCCCCCAUUAUUUACUACUUGACCAAAUCAAGGGAUGAAAAAAACCACCCUCUUCAUUUUGGAAAUGUGCAUGUCUUCACCUGCAGUGGUAAUUGUAAUGUGGAAGCCUACACAUCGGAGUACUGCGUUGUCGAAGAAGAAAUUUGA